CACCUAGGUACGAGGAUAUAAAACUUUCCUGCGACUAUUUCCUCAUGAAGUAGCAGACGUACAGCCUGUUGUAGAUAUGCUUGUAUGUCAGAAUCCAAAAGAAUAUGAGACCUGGGAGACUCGUUACAUGCUCUUGUUGUGGUUAUCUGUAACAUGUUUGAUCCCAUUUGAUUUGGUACGGCUAGAUGGAAAUAUCUCUUCCCUAGAAGGAUGCCCUCGUGUAUCAACAAUGGAUCGAAUCCUGACAAUAGCAAAAUCAUACCUUAUUGUAAGUGAUAAGUCUCGUGAUGCAGCAGCGGUCUUGGUCUCAAAGUUUAUUACCCGCCCUGAUGUCAGACAAAAAAGAAUGGCAGACUUCCUGGACUGGACCCUUUCAACAUUGUCUAAAUCCUCUUUUCAGACUAUUGAGGGGACUAUUGUAAUGGAUGGCAUGCUUCAGGCCCUGGCACAACUUUUUAAACAUGGCAAAAGGGAAGAUUGUUUACCAUAUGCUUCUACCGUGCUUGAAUGUCUUGAUAACUGCAAGCUGUUUGAAAGUAACCAAACGAUUCUUCGCAAGCUGGGAGUGAAACUUGUUCAGCGACUUGGUCUUACAUUUCUUAAGCCAAAGGUGGCAAAGUGGAGGUAUCAACGGGGAUUCCGAUCAUUAGCUGCAAAUCUGCAGUUUUCUGCUGGAGGUCCCAUUCCACAUAAAACAGAAAAUGUAGCAGUUAUCACAGGAGAUGAGGAAGAAGAGGAAUAUGAUAUUCCAGGAGAGGUUGAAAAUGUUAUAGAGCAAUUAUUGAUUGGAUUGAAAGACAAAGAUACUGUUGUCAGAUGGUCUGCGGCAAAAGGGAUUGGCAGGCUGACUGGAAGGCUGCCGAAAGAGUUAGCUGAUGAUGUUGUUGGGUCUGUAUUAGACUGCUUCAGUUUUCAGGAAACUGAUAAUGCUUGGCAUGGUGGAUGUUUGGCACUGGCUGAAUUGGGAAGAAGAGGAUUGUUACUACCUUCCCGACUAUCAGAUGUUGUUCCUGUGAUUUUGAAAGGACUGACUUACGAUGAGAAGCGGGGAGCUUGCAGUGUUGGCUCCAACGUACGGGAUUCUGCUUGUUAUGUAUGCUGGGCUUUUGCUCGUGCCUAUGACCCUUUAGAACUGAGGCCUUUUGUUAAUCAGAUUGCCAGUGCCCUGAUUAUAGCUGCUAUAUAUGACCGUGAUGUUAACUGCAGAAGAGCAGCCUCGGCUGCCUUCCAGGAGAAUGUUGGUAGACAGGGUACUUUUCCACAUGGAAUUGACAUUGUAACUACAGCUGAUUAUUUUGCUGUUGGUAACAGAGCUAAUUGUUUUCUUAAUAUAAGUGUAUAUGUUGCUGGGUUUCCUGAGUAUACACAGCCAAUGAUUGAUCAUCUGAUUAACAUGAAGAUCAACCACUGGGAUAGUGUUAUUCGGGAGUUUUCAUCCAAAGCUCUGCAUAAUCUCACUCCACUGGCUCCUGAAUAUAUGACCAGGGAAGUUUUACCAAAACUGCUGCCACUAGCAGUUGGCAUAGAUCUCCAUACUCGUCAUGGAGCAAUUCUGGCCUGUGCUGAGAUCACCCAUGCUUUGAGUCUUCUAGCAGAAGAAAAUAAGAGGCUUAUUUCAUUUUAUUUGGAUGAAAAAACUUUGGAAGGACUUAAGCAAAUUCAUGUGGAGCUUUGUCGUCGUCAGUUGUAUAGAGGUUUAGGUGGAGAACUAAUGAGGCCAGCUGUCUGCACUUUGAUUGAACAGUUAUCACUUUCAAAAAUGCCUUUUAGAAAAGAUCCUAUAAUUAAUGGCUGGCAGUGGCUGAUAAAUGAUAGUUUACAAAGCCUUCAUCUUAUUUCAAGCAAUGCAAGACAGCAAGUAAAAGAGUCAGCAGUGUCUGCAUUAGCUGCUCUAUGUAAUGAAUAUUACUGCAAUGAAGAGGGAGGAGCAAAUCCAGCUGUGCAAGAUUUGCUGGUGCAAUACAUUUCAGGUCUUCAAAACCACGAGGAAAUGAUUCGCUGUGGUUUUUCACUAGCCUUGGGUGCCCUUCCGAAGUUUCUUCUAAAAGGCAAACUCCAGGAGGUUUUAGAAGCUUUGAAAAAAGUCACUUCGAUUUCUGGAGGUGUGAGGUUUGCUGAAUCCAGAAGAGAUGGCCUAAAAGCUGUUGGAAAAGUUUGCUUGACAGUAGGGGUGAAUGGAGAAGGUUCACCAAAUGAAUUUGUGUGUAAAAGUAAUGUUACACAGAUAUACAACGUAUUGUUGGAUGGUCUGAAUGAUUACACAACAGACAGUCGAGGUGAUGUUGGAGCAUGGGUGAGAGAAGCUGCUAUGACGAGUUUGAUGGAAAUAACCCUGUUGUUAGCAAGGACUGAGCCAGCCUUAAUUGAUGCAAAUGUUUCCAAGCGGAUUAUGUGCUCUGUGGCUCAACAGUCAGCUGAAAAAAUUGACCGAUUUCGAGCUCAUGCAGGGUCUGUGUUCCUCAUGCUUCUUUACUUUGAUAAUCCUCCAGUCCCACACAUACCCCAUCGGGAAGACUUGGAGAGGAUAUUUCCAAGGUCAGAGGCAGUAACUUUCAACUGGAAUGCUCCAUCACAGGCCUUCCCCAGAGUCACACAGCUUUUGGGAUUAGCAUCCUAUCGCUACCACGUUCUGACAGGUCUGACUGUAUCAAUUGGUGGCUUAACUGAAUCAACAGUACGGUGCUCAUCCCAAAGUCUGUUCAAUUAUCUGAAAAGUAUUCAGAAUGACAGGGAUGCAAUGAGCAGCUUCUGUGAGACUUUGCUGAAGGUCUUUGAGGACAAUCUGCUGAAUGACAGGGUAUCUGUGCCACUGCUAAAGAUGCUGGAUCAGAUAUUAGCCAAUGGCUGCUUUGAUGUAUUUGUAACUGAAGAAAACCACCCAUUUCCUAUUAAGUUGCUCACUCUUUGUAAAGAAGAAAGCAAGAGAUCUAAAGAUAUCCAGAAACUUCGCUCCAGCAUUGCUGUGUUUUGUGGCUUGAUUCAGUUUCCAGGUGACAUGAGAAAGAAAGUUCUGUUUCAGCUCUUCCUCCUUCUUUGCCAUCCAUUUCCUGUUAUAAGAAAAACAACUGCUAGUGAGGUUUAUGAAAUGCUGAUAACCUACAGUGAUAUCGCUGAACCUGAUGUUAUAGAAAAUGCCAUGACUAUUCUGAGUGACACUAACUGGGAUGCAGACUUGCCAUUUCUGAGGAAGCAGAGGAAUGAUCUCUGUGACUUAAUGAAAGUGCCCAAGCCCCAACUGGUAGUGAAGAGCACAUAAUUGAAAAUCAAUUAAUAUUGAAAAUUACAGUGCUUUGGAUCUGUAGCACAAAGGAGUAACCAGUUUUUCAACAACUUGGGCAACAGUAUUUACUGAUCAGAUUAAAAAGAAAAGGCUAAAAAAUGCAAACCUGAUUUUGGAAGUUGUAUAUGUUUUUUUUUUUUAAUUCCUUUUUUUAAAAGAAUAUCUUUUGAUUUUCAAAUUCAGUAUAGAUGUUGAUGUUUUAUGUUCGUUUCUGAAAACUGAAUUAAAAUAAGUUCAAAUAACUAGUUUAUUGUGUAUUCUAUCUUUCUGUUGUCGGACUUUAUUAAAUUACAGCAUUCCAAAUUUCAUUAUAACCAAAAUUAUCUUGUCAAAUAAAAU